CUUUAUAAGACCCUGCAGAAAGCACAGAAAGUCGAAAACAAACCCGCAGUCGCUCUUCUUGCUCUUCUUGGCGACAUAUGGAAGUGGGUGGGUCGUGAUUAGACAAGCUGUGCCGCCAUUGGCCAGUUUUUACGCACAGGUUUAGUUUAAAAGUCUGGCGGUGACGCAAUCCUCUAAAGGAAAACAAUGUAGCGAUGAGCUUUUCUGCGCAACACUGUUCUACUGUGACUUUUAGGUUAUUCUAGUUUCUUUCUUUAUCGGUUUCAUUUUAGGGAACCAUGGUGACUAAGAGGAUCCGCUCAGAGUACAUGAAGAAGUUCAAAGACCCCAAAUGGGAGACGUUCAGUAAAUGCUACGAAGAGAUGUUGAAAUACAGGCUGACCCGCAGGCUGCUUGAACACUCGCACAAUCCCUGGUUUUGGGGAGGUUCGGACACUGAUUCAGAUUCUGGUGGAAGAAGUCCUACACCCGCGGGUAAGAACCAAACAAAAGAAGACGCAACCGAGCGAGAAGUGGAGGAGUGCGCAGCAGUAAGGUUGAACAAGGUGAAGGAGAGAGAGAGCGACCCCACAGCUGUACCCAGGCUUGUCCUGUCGGGAAAUGAGAACACAGUCCAAGAGGAGCUGGAAAGGGGGUGUGGUGGAGCUGAAGAGGUUAAUCAGAGAGGCCUACCUGUCCUACAAGGGAAACAGACACAAGAAACAACAGGUCCAAAAUCACAACUAACUUCUAGACAGGGUCGAAGUCAGCGAGUCAGACCUGUGCCAACGCAGCAGAUAAAGGAGGACAGUAAACAAAGCAGACAUCCCUUUGUUUUAUAUGCAUCAGGAGAGAAAGACUCUGACAUUGCAAGAAGGAAAACACACAACAUACGGCCUGCUGCUUCUACAAAAGAGAUUCACGAGUCAGCCCUGCGUGCAAAGACCCGGAGAGAAGUGGAAAGGCAGCUCCAGUCGCAGAGAGCAGAGCGCAGACGAGCCAAAUCUGCAGAUGUGGACAAGGCCAGGCUGAAGGUGGUGGCACCAGAGUAUAAUCCAUGGCUAACUGAGUACAUGCGCUGUUUCUCUGCUCGCUCUCGAUAGAAAGGGCAUCGUUAGGCUGCUAAUGUAUAGAAUUGUACCGUUUUCAGAUCAAAUCAAAAUGCCAUUGCUGCCUAUCACACAUGUGGUGUUGAUAUAUAUAAGUUAAGUUCAUAUCAAGUAUUUAAGUGAUUUUGCCGUAUAUACCAUCUUAUGUUAGCUUGGCCCGCUUAAAAGAAAGUAGGAGGAGCUGACUGGCUAAUCUUAUGUAGAAGCAUGGCACAAGGCAAUGAUUUACAGAAAAGUCUAAACGUAUAUAACAAAACACUCUUUCACAUGACGCAUUGCCAAGGUUUUAAUAUUAGUUUACUUAAUUUGCAUAGAUGAGGACCACAUUUUUCUGGCAGUUACUUGUAAUUGUUCCUCUCCAGUCAUUGCUCUGAAAAGCCACUUUCAGCUACUCUUGAUCAAGUGUAAAUAGAACAGUUUAAGUUUGACCUGUGAGUGUUACAAUUGUGAUAUUUCUUUGUGUAAUAAUGUAGGUUUACUUCCGUUAUAACCAUGUUUGAAGUGAUACAAAUUAGAUUUCAUCAUAAAAAUCCAUAACAGUAAACCGAGUUAACUGGUGCAGCUCUCUUUUAAAUGUGAAAGCUUUAUCUCUUGUGUUUUAACGCUUUAAAAUAUCCACAACUAGACAUUUCUUUAUAUUUUGUUAUUUGGAUUGGAGUAGUCUUCAGAACUUUAGUACUCGCUGGUUCCUGAUUUAAUGUGUGAUUUAAAAUGCUUUGUCUUUAUAGAAACUAUGAAAUAAGAGUUCUAAAUAUAUUGUGCCAAAAUUAUGUAAAUGUUCUGUACAAGACAAGUUGCAAAAAUAAUGGGACUAAAGAAACUUUCUGGUAUUUUUGCAUUUAAAGAAAAUAUGUCCAUUGUCUAGUCCAUUACUGAUAACAGAUUAAUCUUCAUUUGUACAUUUGUGUAACCAUUAAGGCAGUUUUGCAAAUUUUAAUUUAUCAUGAUUAUAAAUAUAUAUUUUUAAUCAAAAGGUCUACAGAGUCCUCGGCCAGUAAAACAUGUGAUUGGGAGCAGAGGUCAGACUUUAAAACACUAAAAGCCAUUUUUAUUUAUUUGACACGAUUGAAAUGAAAAGUGUGAUUGAUCACUGAGGAACAAUGUGUUUUUUUCUUUUUUCUUAUUAUGAAUAGUAUCAUUUUUGUCAUAUUGCCCAGAAAAAGUGUUGACAAUCAAUGAAAACUCAAUUAAAUUUUAGUUUAGUAUAAUUGCAGUGUUAGCUUGUUCUAUCUUACACUGAAACCCAUGUGAUGGAAAAUCAUUGGAUGAUUUGUUUCUUAAUAAUAAUAAUAAUAAUGUUUAGGUUGUUUAAUUGAAAUUGUAAAAUCUUUUCCACUGAACAUACAGUUUUAUAUUGAAUGGCACCAAAAAUGUCAAUAUACAUUUGUAAAAUCAUUGUUUUUUAUUUUAAAAACUUAAGCCUUUAUCAUACAGAAUAAA